AGGCAUGCAGUGGAAGAGCCGCUUUACCUAUAUGCUCAGGGCCAUAGUCCAAGGAAAAGCCUUUAGAAGACCGAAGUCAGCUGUUGGUUAGCAACAAGAGGUGCGUGGAGGGGACACCACACCUGCAGAUCUACUUAAAACUACCCAACAGCUGUCAGUGGUCAUACUAUAAAUGCAGAUCAAAAGCUCCUGGAGGGCAGGAAAGGCACCCAGUUCGCCUUCCUUCAGCGCUCAACAGGCACAGCCUGGCACAGAGUCUGUCCUCGGCAAGAGUUUGCUGCAGGAACACUUCACCUUGGGACGGGGCUCUCACCUACGGGGUUAACGGAAUACCCACAUUUCCAUUUCUGUGCCUAUCAAGAGUUUUAAUCAUCAUGGAUAAUCUAUCUCCAGAAGAAAUUCAGAUUAAGGCUAACCAGGUUACUGAUGAGUCGCUGGAAAGUACAAGGAGAAUCCUUAAUUUAACCAUUGAGGCUCAGGAUGCAGGAAUCAAGACCAUCACUAUGCUGGAUGAACAAGGGGAACAACUAAAUCGCAUAGAAGAAGGCAUGGACCAAAUAAAUAAAGAUAUGAGAGAGGCAGAGAAGACUUUAACAGAACUCAACAAGUGCUGUGGCCUCUGUGUCUGCCCAUGUAAUAGGACAAAGAACUUUGAGGCUGGUAAGGCCUACAAGGCAACAUGGGGAGAUGGUGGAGACAACUCUCCUAGCAAUGUAGUAUCUAAGCAACCAGGCCGAGUGACAAAUGGUCAGCCUCAGCAAGCAACCACAGGAGCAGCCAGCGGUGGAUAUGUUAAACGUAUAACUAAUGAUGCCAGAGAAGAUGAAAUGGAAGAGAACCUGACUCAAGUGGGCAGUAUCCUAGGAAAUUUGAAAAACAUGGCCUUGGACAUGGGCAAUGAGAUUGAUGCUCAAAAUCGACAAAUAGAGCGGAUCACAGAAAAGGCUGAUACCAACAAAGAUCGUAUUGACAUAGCCAAUGCCAGAGCAAAGAAACUUAUUGACAGCUAAAGCUGCUGCUGUACUUCUUUAUCGUUUAUUCAUUUUUCUAGUUCCUCCUUCACAGUCAUAGCCUUUUCAGUUUGAAUUUUUGGUUCCAGGCUCUUCUAUGGAGAAGGGCUAGGAGCAACAGCUCCCCUGUUUUUUUCAUGUUCUUUUUUACCCUGGAAGGUAGACUGCUGCUCAGCCUUCCUUCUAGUAUUUUUUUUCCCUCAGUUUGUAAUCCUGGAUUGGUUUGUCUCCAUCACCUAUUAUGCUGUUUUUCUUCUCCCUCUUUUACUUUAAAAGUUCUUUUGCUUUCAAGAUUUGGAAGCACUGCCAAAGACGGCCAUGAUGAAGGAAGGAGGGGCAGAGGGGACAAGAGAGGCAAAAGAUAAGAGGUCAUUACCUCAGUAACAGCUAGAGGCCACAAAAGAACACCUCACUGCAUAGCCACAGUAAAGACAUGGUUGCGAUUGUUCGGCUUUUAAGUUGCAGUUAUUGCCAAUUUAAGCUAAUGAGUGGUUUUGGAGCUUUCAUCCACAUUAUUUUUGUUAUACAUCACAACUUUGCAACCUCUGCUCCAAAAGGAAUGCCUAAGUUUUCUUAAAGUGAACUUAAUUUCCGAGCUCUUGGUGAUUCGUAUAUGUACAUAGAUUUUGUGCUCUCAUUUCAUGUUGCACCAUACAGGACGGAACACUUGUAUAAAUGAAAGACUUUUAUUUUCAUAUUAGUAAAUGGUAUCAUUGCCCCAUUACAGGUCUGUUAACCUCACAAACUUGUCAUUCACUUUUAAAGAAAAAAAAUAUGUAAAUAUGUUAUGCGUAACAUGAAAAUUUCUCUGUAAAGCAGGGCUUAAAACUUUUUGGAAAAGUUUAUCACGUCAAUUCAUAUUUACCUCAAUGUCAACAAUUAUGUUCAGAUAGAAAAAAAGACUUUUCAUUUAGGUAGAAAAAGAUUCCCUUAAGAUUUAUGUAGUUUUAGAUUUAAGAAAAAACUAGAAUUCUGUUUAACUAAAAGUGAUUGGGAAAAUUACUUCUUUGGUUUAAUUAUUGAUGAUUGCACUGUCAUUCUCUUCUCCUUGUGUGUUGAUCUGUGUCCAGAAUCAGGUUUAUUUAGAUCCUGAACAGUGUAAUAAGAAUCUGAUUGGUAUUUGUCGUUGUUAUUUAAAAACCAUCUGCACACUUCACAGCUAUUAAUGGGGAUUGGUUUGACCAAUAACCACUGCUUAAUCCUUACAAUUAAAUUUUAUGACUAAUGGAAUUAUUCAUUCAAAUACGUAAUGUGUUUCUUUGACUAUGGGGGGGAGGGGCAAUCUUUUAUCUGCUCUCAGUUAACAUAUUGAAUAAAGCCAAGGUCUAUAAAUCAAGAAGCACUCCAACAGAAAACUGCCUUUAGUACCUUUUCCAUUUUAUUGUCAAACAGGACUUUCCUUUCUAUGAUUUCUCAUGAGGUUCAUUUUAUACAUUACUAGUCUUUUGUUCAUAUGAACUGGCCGAAACGAUAAUGUUUAUGAGCAACAACUACAACCCAUGUACUAGAGAAGAUAGAAUUAGAAGGCAUUUUCAGAGGCUAGGGGAGAAAAUAUGAGAUUCAGUUAGGCUUUCUGUAAUAGAACUGCUCCAUGACAAAAGGAGUAGGUGAUGGCAAAUGUGUAAAAGGGCAUAAAACACUGCAGAUUAUGUUUUAUCUAAAUUUCCUUCCUAAAAGCAUUUUUCUUAAAUUUAACUUUGUUAUGGUGAAAGGCAGUAGUUCUAACACUACCAGUACGCAUCCCUUUAGUGUAAUUGGCGGGAAAUGUGAGCUGAGGCACCAAAUCAUCUACAUUUACACUCUAACUCUGCCACUUGCCGACUGAGUGACUAAUCCCAUUUCUGUGCCUAGUUUCCUUGUUUGUAAGUGGAGUUUCCUCCCCUAUAGAGUUGUUGCAAAGACUCACUGUGGUGAUGCACAUAAAGCACUUUGGGCAAUGCCCAGGAAAUGUAAGAGCUUAAUGAUAGUAGCUGUUCUCUUGAGAGUGGAGUUCUCUUGAGGUUAAGGAUCCAUUUGUGAAUUUGAUGGAAAAUAACACACCCUGUCUCUCAAAAUAGACAUAAAAACAUAUAUGGAGAAUAUGUAUGUGUCUAAAGAGACGAAAGAGAGAGGAAAUAGUGAAUCAUGCAGAAAUGGGUCUCGAAGGCCCAUCCAUGGAUCACAGGUUACAAAGACUUUGAAAGGGUCUACUGCUAAAAAUUGAGCCUGAUAAUGCAUUAGAAAUAAAAGCUGUGACUUAAAG